UGCAACGGGAAAAGUUCGCGCUAUUGCUUGUGAAAAAUACGGAAAACUCAUUUAGAAAAUUCCAUUACAAGAUUUUGUUUUCGGUUUCGGUCUUGUGUUGUGUUGAGCCGUGAUGGAAAGAAAAAUUUAAUAUGUUUGGACUGUUUCGAAAUAAAAGCACGGCAGAAAAUGAAGAAGAAGAAGAAGAGGAAACAGAAGAAGGAAUGAUGGUCUCCAACAAAAAGAGGGGAUCGCAGACUUGCAUCGAAAUCCCACGGACAGAUACCACUUCGAUGUGUCUUCUAGAAAAACCACCAAUCGACAAAAAAGUCAAAAGACACAGUAUCCAUGGGAUGAUGGAAGAAGAAAACGUCAUUCGACCCCAUCAAGAAAUCGCACAACUUACUUUAGAUGAAAAGAAAUUUUUGCUAGCCGUUGAACGGGGAGACGUAGCUUCAACAAGAAGAAUGCUUCAGAGAGCUGAAGAAACAAACUACAUCAACAUCAACUGCGUUGAUCCUCUCGGCAGAAGUGCCUUGUUGAUGGCCAUAGACAACGAAAACUUGGAAAUGGUGGAACUGUUAAUUGAACAUCGCGUGGAGACCAAAGAUGCACUUCUGCAUGCCAUCUCUGAGGAAUUUGUAGAAGCUGUUGAAGUUUUACUCGAACAUGAAGAGACUAUCCAUCGAAAAGGGGAUCCACACAGCUGGGAAGCCCUUCCUCCAGACACCGCUACCUUUACUCCGGAUAUCACGCCUUUGAUCCUUUCCGCCCAUAGGGACAACUACGAAAUUAUCAAGAUCCUUUUGGACAGGGGCGCUACGCUACCCAUGCCGCAUGACGUUAGAUGCGGCUGCGAUGAGUGCGUCACUUCUCGGCAAGAGGACUCUUUGCGGCACUCAAGGAGUAGGAUCAACGCGUAUAGAGCCUUAGCUUCCCCGUCCCUCAUAGCUCUAUCUUCCAAAGAUCCUAUAUUGACUGCGUUUGAAUUGUCGUGGGAGCUACGCAGACUGAGUUUUAUGGAACACGAAUUUAAAAGUGAGUACCAGGAGUUGAGAAAGCAGUGCCAGGAUUUUGCAACUGCUCUUCUAGAUCAUACACGAAGUUCGUAUGAACUGGAAGUUCUUUUGAAUCAUGAUCCAACUGGACCAGCCUUCGAACAUGGCGAUAGAAUGCACUUAAAUAGACUGAAGUUAGCUAUUAAAUUAAGACAGAAAAAGUUCGUCGCCCAUUCGAACGUCCAGCAGCUCCUCGCCUCGUUAUGGUAUGAAGGAUUGCCAGGAUUCCGUCGUAAAAAUAUGGUCCUUCAGGCAUUAGAAAUUGUUCGCAUAGGGAUUCUGUUUCCGGUUUUCUCGAUGGCGUACAUCGUCGCGCCACAUUCGGUUGUCGGCCAGACCAUGCGGAAGCCGUUCAUCAAGUUCAUAUGCCACUCGGCCUCAUACUUCCUCUUUCUUUUUAUGUUGAUUCUGGCAUCACAGAGACAGUUUCUGCAGUCGUUUUUUGGUGUUCCUGUUCCAGAAGAAGUAUUAUUCACACAACGUGGUGCUAAACCGUCCUUAGUAGAAUGGAUUAUUCUUUCCUACGUUAGUGGUCUGAUAUGGAGCGAAAUAAAACAACUUUGGGAUGUAGGCCUAGAGGAAUACGUCAGAGAUAUGUGGAACGUGAUAGACUUCAUUACGAAUUCGUUAUACGUAGCAACAGUAGCCUUAAGGAUUGUCUCUAUAUAUCAGGUAAAACUGUAUCCGGAGGCAUCGAAAAUAAGGAGGGAGGAUUGGGACGCAUGGGAUCCGAUGCUGAUCUCUGAGGGAUUGUUUUCGGCAGCAAAUAUAUUUAGCUCUCUUAAACUGGUGUACAUAUUCUCGGUGAAUCCACACUUAGGACCAUUACAGGUUUCUUUAUCUCGGAUGGUAAUGGAUAUUAUGAAGUUCUUCUUCCUGUAUGUUUUAGUGCUCUUUGCCUUUUCCUGUGGUCUUAAUCAGUUAUUGUGGUACUAUGCAGAUUCAGAGAAGCUAAGAUGUCCUCAAGAAUCGGGUGAUAAACAUGGCCAUAACCUGACAGAAACUGACUCCAAUGCUUGCUCCAUAUGGAGGAGGUUUUCCAAUCUCUUCGAAACUAGCCAAACCCUAUUCUGGGCAGUAUUUGGUCUAAUCGACUUGGAGAGCUUCGAACUCAACGAAAUAAAGAUAUUCACCAGGUUUUGGGGAAUGUUGAUGUUUGGCACCUAUUCCGUCAUUAACAUUGUCGUCUUGCUGAAUCUACUGAUAGCCAUGAUGAAUCAUUCAUAUCAACUCAUAUCGGAACGAGCAGACACAGAAUGGAAAUUUGCCCGCAGCAAGCUCUGGAUCAGCUACUUCGAAGAAGGUGGUACUGUUCCUGUUCCUUUCAACAUUAUUCCAACUCCCAAAAGCGUUUGGUAUGUCAUUUGCUGGAUUAGAAAAAAGUUCUGUGGGCGAUCUAGGGCAGCGAAAAAGGAGCAUAUGAGAACUAUAAGGAGAAAAGUAAAGCAAGCAAACGAGCGAGACUUCAGAUACCAGGGUAUUAUGCGAAAUCUAGUACGAAGAUAUGUGACGGUUGAACAAAGGAAGGCGGAAAACCAGGGCGUCACGGAGGACGAUGUCAACGAGAUAAAACAGGACAUAUCUGCCUUUCGUUUCGAGCUCAUUGAAAUUCUGAAAAAUUCUGGAAUGAAUACGUCGACGGCGCAUAAUGUUAUGGGAACUGGAGGUAAGAAGAACCGGCAGAAGGAACGUCGCCUUAUGAAGGGCUUUAACAUAGCCCCUCAACCUUCAACCACUGGCUCUCUUCCUCCGGUAGCCGAAUUCAUAGCGUCGCUUCAACAACACCACCAAGGUGAUACCCAUCACCACGACUUCUUUGGAUCAACCUUAUCAGGAAUCUUCACUCCAACUCCGAGAAAGUUACAUCUUCACGGCAGUACCGUUUCUUCCUCUCAAGGGAGUAUCAAUGAAGGCAAUGGCAAUCACCAUAAGAGGCUAAAUUUAAAACGAAGUCAGUUGCACAAAAGACGCUGGGGCACACUGAUCGAAGCAGCUAAAUCUGGUAAAGUGUCUCGACUUAUCGGCAGGUCCCGUUCUGAAGAUUCUGUGUGCAAUAGUUGUCCAGAUAAUGGCACAACUCUUUCGCACAGUCAAAGUAAUAGCCCUGCGUCUGACGACAACAGGUCCGCUAGCUUUUCGGAUUCGAAUCCAAGUUUGGACGUUCCGGAUCGGCCUGACAAAGAGUUACACGGGAUCGCACAGGGUUUGGCGUUACUAAAGAAGAAGAGAAAGAAAUUCUCGGCUUCACGAAAUUCGAGUCCAAUAGUGCCUCCAACCACUCCUGCUGAACAUAGCCACCACCAUCGAAAAAUGCCACCGAAGAAGUUCCAACAGGUCUUGAAACGUGCCUCCAGCGUCCCUACAAGAGUUCCAGAUGCCGUUCAAUCGGCGCGUCAUGAAGACACCCAAUCGCAGCAAGACUCCAUGGAGAUCCCAACCACGGUACCGUCCACCUUAACCCCAUCAACCACUGAGGAAAGCGUGACCACAGUGGGUCCUUCUAUCCCACCCAGCGGAACUUCACGAGAACCGUUGAUCUUCAAUUCUUCCUCCAGUAAUCCCACAGGGUCUUCACAAACUCCGGACGAAGAGUACAACAGACCUUCCGGAACUCAUAAUCAUAUUAGUCCAAAGUUGGCUGGAAUCAUACCUUUAAGUGGACAUAUCGGACCAUCGGCUGGGUGGUUGUAGUAAAUUUUAUAUAGUCAGACCUUUACUUCCGAUGUCAUUGAUGCUAUAACAAGCAGCUGUACAAAUGGAUGGACGCAAACGGCUCAGUGGGUGGCAAUACAAAAAAGUAGCCGAAGAGAAGAAAAAAAAAUUGACAGAAGUUGUAAAUAAAACUGCGAAGCUUGAUACAUUUUUUACAAGAAGUAACCUACCAGUGCCACCAGAACCAGUGCUUUUAGAAAGUGUCAAAGAAUUUUGUGAAGUAGAACUAGAAGUAUGUUCCAUAUUAACGCCUUCAGCUUCAACAGCUUCAGCAUCAGUGCCUUCAGCUUUAACAUCAACCCCUCCAGCUUCAGCAUCAGCCCCUGAAUAUCACGGAAUAUCACGGUUGUAGAAAAUGGUUUCGUAAUUAACGGAGUUUUGUCAAAUAGUUUAUUUUAAUUAAUAAAACGCAAUUUUAGGACAUAGUUUCUUGUUUUCAUCAUGAGAGGUACUAAAACCAUUACAAUAUCAAGAGACAGUUGAGCGCUGGAAAAUGUCCCAAAAUGCGUUAUUUUGCCUCUAAAUUUCAAUUUUUUUCGGGGGGGGGCCCCGGACCCCCCCCCCCCCGGUGUUGCACCCCCGCUAGGGCGGCAGGCAGACCUCUGGCCCAUGGGCGGCAAAAGUGUUAAUCCGGCCCUGUUGCUAGUAAAAAUUAAUAGAAAAUUGUUAUAUUCCUAUUACUUGUUCUGUAACCUCAUAUACAGUUAUUAUAUCAGUAUAUAACCUAAAUUUAUAUAUAGAUACAGACCAGUGUGUAUUGUACAUAAAAUGUGAGAUUUUGGCACAAAAAUGCUUAACAGUAUUGUCAUAAAAUUAAAAACACUAUUAAUAUGUUGA